AUGAGAGAGAACGACAGGAACACCCCUCCGGUAUCGUCACAGGCAUACAACUUUGGCAGGGGCGACUUGAAGGUCGGGAACUAUCCUGAGCACCCGCCAUCGUUGAAGAAGGAAGCCGAUAGCAAGGGCAAGGAGGGCCGCGAUCGACGCAGCGAGAAGCCAUUGCCGCAUGCGGGAAAUGCACCGGACACUGGCGCUCUGAACGCUGUCCAGGAACGAGGACAGCCUCUCUCUACGAGUCGAUGCUCAGUUCAGUCUCUAGGCUCGCGCGACCCUGAUAAACCCCAUCGCGAGCGUUCAAAGAGUCCGGCGAAAUCCAGGAGGACCAAGGACGAACCACCCCACAGCACCAUCGUCGACCUCAAUGAUACCCGUCCAGAGCAUGACCACACAAGCGGCAGAUCCAGAAGGGCUGGUGAUCUCCAAGACGCCUCCCGCUCAGAAGGAAAGAAAUCCGCGCCUGCACCUCCCGUAAUGGACCCUAGAUCUGCCCAAGGCGACUCCUCCAUGGAAACCAAGACCGACGAAUUCUCAGAGUCCGAUUCUGACACUGAAAUGGACUACGAGGAGGCGCGUCAACACCAAGAUCCCGAUACCAUCACUAUCCAAGAAGCUACAGACCGUGCUAUCGCUAUCGAGCUCCAAGAGGAAGAGGAUGCCGAAUCGAAGGCCAAGGCACGGGCCCUCCAGCACCAAAAACGCCUGGAGCAUUCAGAUGUGGAGUCGGAUACCCCGAUGCCAGAUGCGCACCACCGACGCCCCGAGCCUCCGGUUACCGCUGCGGGAAGACUGUGGUCGGCGGUCGUGGGUACCAGCAGCAGCAACUAUGCAACCAAGGAAGAGAAAUACAGGGCCAAAAGUCAAGACCUCGAGAGAGAGCUUAAGCAAAUGCAUAAGGAGCUUGUCAGGUGUCAGCAGGCUCUAGAACGAGAGCAACAUCAUCACCGCCAGACGUAUCAUCAAGCCCGCGAACUCGAAAGAGCAUACACCGACUCUCAACGACACAUUCACUUCCUUCAGCAGGAAGUACACGGGCAGAGAAACGAGCUGGCGAACAUCAAGCAGCAACUCAGCGAUGCGGUCAACCUCUCAGAAGUUCGCGGCAAGGAACUCAAGGGGGCGCAAGUCUUCUUGACCAAAGCGGAUUCUCUCUCUACAAGCGACGUCGUCCAAAAGGUCGCGACGCUCAACGAGGAGAUCUUCCAAGCCGCCUGUCUGCUCGGCGAGACCCUCGCGUACGAGGUGUAUGAAGAAGGCGUGGAUCGGAUCGAGGUGCGCAGGAAGGCCAUUGAACAGGGUCACGAGAGCGCGAAGGAGCUUUUGGGCGCCCAUCUCACUAGCAUCCUGGCGGAAGAAAGUCUCAAGCCUCCUCAGCAACCGAACAACCCGCUGUUGGUGCAGAUCGUUAUACAGAGUGCGCUCACUGCGUGGUGUGCUAGGAUUUGUGACAUGUGGAAGCCAGGUCCGAGGUCGAGGGAUAGAGAUACGUCUCGUAUCAUUGCUGAUAUCUAUGAGGACAUCCGAUCCAACGAGGACCAAGCCGUCGCUGGUCGAUGGCGCUCCCUGACCCUAAGCCACAUCAAGUAUAGCACCUCUGAAUGGACCCAAUACCUCCUCCGCAACGUCCAAUCCAUCAUGCACGUCGCCGGGUGGGCCGUACCCAGCCAAACCGAGAUCGACCAAUUCGAGAAACGGCUCCACUCGAUCUUCAAGAUCGUCCAAGACGUCCGGAAGGCGACGGGUGAGGACGUGACGUCGGCGGAUUUGGCGGUUAUGGUUGUUGAGCAUGAGCGUGCGUUUGAUCCGGCGACGAUGGAGGAUGCGUAUGGUGAUGAGCGGGCGGCUGUGAAGAGCGGUGGUGGGAAGGGUGCGGUGGAGGCGAAUCCGGAGAAGGUUGUUGCGACGAGUGGGAUGGGGUUGGUUAAGGUCAUGGUUAAGAAGGGUCAGGCGGAGGUGGGGAAAGUUUUGGAAGUGCUGUCGCAGCCCAAGGUGGUGCUGGAGAAGACGGUGAGGGAGGCGAUUGAGCCUCCGCCGCCGCCUAAGAGCAGGAGGAGGAAGGGUGGGGAGAGUGGAGGUGGAGGUGGAGGUGGAGGAGGUGUUGGGUUGGUAGGCUUGUUCACGGGAAGUGGUUGA